GCAAUAUAUAUGUAGGAUUGGAGAACGGAACGUAGUAUGGAGAGAGCGAGCAAGUGUGUUUGUGUGUGAAAGGGAUGCAAGAGAGGUUUGGAAGAUGGCGGAUUACAAGCGAACGACGACAGAGUGCUGUGCAUAAUUAAAAUUAAAAUAAAGUGCUUAAGACGAAGAUAUAUCCCGUAUUUCUUUUAACCAAUAUCCCACAGUUUUGGGGGCUCGUCCGGGAUAUAAAAGAAAUACGGAUCACGACGAUUUACGACGAUGUCACUGAAAGACGUGAUUGUGGAAAAGUGUGUUACGGACGACGACCACGCGGACUUCACAAUGGCGGCGUUAUUUCUGGAUGGAAUUCCUAAGUUCAGCGGAGAUGACAAGACGUUAUCAUCAUCGAAGUGGGCGCAGGACAUCGAGGAUAAUGCUGAAAUAUUCAGAUGGACAGCACAGCAAAAAUUAAUAUUCGCACGAAGGUCACUUAUAGGCACGGCGGCCCUGUGGCUCAGGAGUGAAAAAGCAUUCAAGACGUACGAUGACCUUAAGGCGGCAGUGCAGAGAGAAUUUCCAGAUACCGUUAAUAUCAAGGAAAUGCACGAACUUAUGACGUCCCGCAAGAAACGACGAAAUGAAUCAUAUUAUCAGUAUAUGUUACACAUGAAGGAGUUAGCACGCAGAGCAAAGUUUCCCGAUUAUGUAGGCGUGCAAUACAUAAUAGAUGGCAUUCAAGAUCAUGAAUCAAACAAAUCUAUACUAUACGGUGCUACGUCUUACCCGGCGCUGAAAGAAAAAAUAGUUUUGUAUGAAAAAAUGAAAUCGAAGUCGAGUGCGAGUCAUACUAAAAAUAUACCUAUAACUAAGCCGGAUAGUGUAACUACAAGUGAAAAUAAAAUAAUAAGUGAGCGGUCAGAUCAACAUAAAGGUCAGAAUAGAAGGUGUUUUAAUUGUGGUGAUCGUUCCCACAUAGCACGGGUGUGUCCAAACGGGAUAAAGUGUUUUGGUUGUAAUAAUUAUGGACACAGGAACGGACCUGAAUGUAAAUUAAAUAUGGCGUCUGCAAGACCAAGUUCAUCAAAAAUAGAAAACAAAACAGGCGACGCUAGCGCCAGCGGCAGCGCGUCAGUGGGCGGAUCGGCGAAACAGUUCAAUAUGCACUAUGGCAUUGUGACAGAUUGCCAACCUAACGAAAAUCGAACUGUCAGUGUCAUGUCACGAUCGGCGUCUGCGGCGGACUUUGACGUAAUGCAAAUUCAAAACAAAAUUAUGCCCGGAAAGCCCAUGAAAGAAGUUACAGUGAAAGAAUUUACUAUGAAAGCAUUGGUGGAUACGGGCAGCGACGUAAAUUUAAUAUCUCACGAGUGUUUUAACGCGAUCGGCGCGAGAAUUUCCGAAGAUUAUUUAUGUUUAACGGGACUCGGACAUACGCAAGUGAAAUCUUUAGGCAAAGUGUUGUUUAACUUAACUAUUGACGAUGUAGAAUUUAAAGACGUGUUAUUUCAUAUUGUUACUAAAGAUGUUAUGCCAUUUCAUAUGAUAUUAGGACAGGAAUUCUUAAAAAAUAUAACCAUGAUAGUAAAUGGGGAUAAAGUUGUGUUUUUGAAUGAAUGUGAGGGUUGGAUGUCGAAGUUGUCUUGUUUUUCAGAUUCUAUUGUAGAAGUUGAUCAUAUCUUGGACCCAAAUGUGAAACAGCGGGUGUUACAAUGCAUUCAAAGUUAUAACCCGAUUCAAGUGAAAGAGGCACCCAUCCAGUUGAAGAUUAUUCUCAAAGACGACAUUCCUGUUAAACAGCGGCCUCGAAGAUUAUCUUUGGUUGAACAAAAACUAGUGGAUGAUCAGGUUAGCGAGUGGCUAAGUACAGGAAUAAUUCGGCAAAAGACGAACAACAAGCUGUCGAAAGACUCCAGUUGGUGUUAAAAGUAGCUUCAGAGUAUGGUUUGCAGAUUAAUUGGAAAAAGGCUAACCUUAUUAAACGUGAAAUUGAAUAUUUAGGUCACAACAUAAAGGACGGAGAGAUAAAACCAAGCUCAGAGAAGACUAAUGCUGUAUUAAAGUACCCAGAACCUAAGGACAUCAAACAGCUUCAAAGUUAUCUUGGUUUGACCUCAUAUUUCAGGAAAUAUAUUGAAAAUUAUGCUUUAAUUGCUAAACCACUUACAGAUUUAUUGAAAAAAGAAAAUGAGUUUAUUUUUAACGACGAGCAAAGACGAGUAUUUCAGAUACUAAAGGAAAAGUUGGCUACUAGUCCGGUGUUAAAGAUUUUUGAUCCAAAAUUGAAGACGGAGCUGCACACAGAUGCUUCUAGUGUAGCAUACUCAGCUAUUUUGAUGCAGUAUUGGCCUGAUUCAGGACUUCACCCAGUUCAUUAUAUGAGCUGCAAGACAAACAGUGCUCAGAGUAAAUAUUCAAGUUAUGAACUCGAAGCCUUGGCAAUUGUUGAAGGUGUAAAGAAAUUUAGACAUUAUCUGUACGGGAUACACUUUAAAAUAAUUACGGACUGCAAAGCAUUUGAAAUGACCUUAA